AUGCAUAUUUUACUCCAUAUUUUCUUAUCGUGUACCUACGCACUAAGUUCUAUUCAUUCCAUCGAUUUUUUCUUCUUCUUCUUCUUCUUCUUCUUCUUCUUCUUCUUCUUCUUCUUCUUCUUCUUCGUCGUCGUCAUUAUUAUUAUUAUUAGUAGUAGUAGUAACUCCUCAUCUAUCAGUUUUUAUGCAUUAACAACGAGUCCUCAUUCUGCAAUUGUUUCCUUCUAUCUCAUCCCCAAACUAUUCAUUUAUGUUCGUUAUCUUCAUCCCCUUCUGUCAUCUCUCCUUUUUCUCCAAAGUGCCAUACACACAUCUGUCUCACCGUCUAUCUGCAUGCCUAACGAAUCCAUUUUCAUGACUUCCAAUUCAUCCGUCCACCUAUCUUUUUUUUUUUUCAUAACCCUGGCUCUUUAUUCCGACACUUUAUUACGUUCCCAUUGUGAUAAUAAUUGCUGCCUUUUCAAUUUUUUUUUUCUUAUCCCUUUUUUAUUGAACGUUCAUUCUCCUCUCUCCAUUUUUAUUCUGACAUCUUUUAUAUUUUUAUAUUUUCUGUCACUUACUUUUAUUUCCUUUUUAUUUUUGUUUUAUUUCAUUCUCUUUUUUGUUUCUCUUCCUAUUUUCGUUUUAUUCUAUUUUUCAUUCUUUUUCUCUAAAUCUCAUUUUUUUCUUUUACUAUUUUUUCUUUCUUUCGCUGAUUGUUUUCCUUCAUUUGAUUCUCAUUUUUUCUUUCGUUCCGUCUCAUUUUUCUUCGUCUCUUUUUUUCUUCACUCUCUUGUAGAAUAUUUCUUCUUCCGUUUGUGCCUUAUUUAUUUUUCCUUCAUUAUUCAUUCUUUUAGCCUCAUUAUUUCCUUCUUACAUUAUUUCAUUUUUUUUUAUGUAUAUACUCUUUUAUUUUCUUCUUUAUUAUUUUCAUAA